CUGCUUAAAAUAGAGCAUCUGUUGUCGCUGCUCUUUAAAGGUAGCGGAACAGAAAAAGGCAGACAUGAGGGGCAAACGAGAGGCCAUAUAUUUCACACCGUUCCACAUUCUGCGCGACACCGGAAGCUGGUUUACCUUGGAAUAUGUCACCCGUUUUCCCGCAGUAGUGUCUUACAGGCAAGUUAAAUCGUUGGGAAACAAAAACUACAAUGCAAUUUAAGGAGGGAACAAAAACACACAGUACACGUGUAGCAAGUGAGUGUGUGAGGAAUUCAGUGAUGACACUUACUUCUUUCGGCCUUGACGGACCCUGCGCCUUGUUUUCGAGGAAGUGUUUGCAAGCAAUCCUGCGAGUCCUCCUUUAAGACGUUACCGAGGGUGACAACGACAUAACCACCGCUAGCGUUUCCAUUAUCUUCUGGGUUUCAUGCUGUCAGGAGCAGAUAGCCCUUUACAUAGAACAUCUCUGCUUGGGAAGUACAAAGAUAACUGUUCUAUUAGAGACCUGUAAUUCAGUAUUAGUAUAUUUAAGUACACUCACCAUGGUGGUUGGCUAACAUUAGCUACGAAGCUACGUUACUUGAACAAUCCUUUAAACUUGGUGGCUGACAGGUUAGCUCACGACAGCUAACUUCGCUAUGUAAAUUAAGCCAGGAAAGUGGCGAUAAAGAUACUCCCUCCCUGCAACGCUCAGGUGUUGCAGGUCGCUCCCAUGUGCCCAUGGAGAAGGCGGCCUUUGAGGGGUGGCUGGAGACAGUCUCUGCCACUUUCCUUACUCUAAAUGACCAGCAGCGCAACCAAUCUCUGGAUCACCUCAUAUCUUUAAGUGGUGCGGUGCAGCUUCGUCAUCUGUCUAAUGGACUGGAGACGCUGCUCAAACGCGACUUCCUGCGUCUCCUGCCUCUGGAGCUGGCCUUCUACCUGCUGCGCUGGCUGGAUCCUCAAACCCUGCUCACCUGCUGCCUGGUCUGCAAACAGUGGAAUAAGGUGAUAAGCUCGUGUACCGAGGUGUGGCAGGGUGUGUGCCGGGAGCUUGGCUGGAGGAUUGAUGAGUCCAUUCAGGAUGCGACGCACUGGAAAGGGGUCUACCUGAAAGCUAAACUGCGCAUGAUGCAGCUGAAGGAUCAGGAGGCCUUUGAGACAUCAUCACUAAUUGGUCACAGUGCUCGAGUAUACGCUCUCUACUAUAAGGAUGGCCUCCUUUGCACAGGAUCUGAUGACCUCUCUGCCAAGUUAUGGGAUGUACGCACUGGACAGUGUAUUUAUGGAAUUCAGACGCACACCUGCGCCGCAGUAAAAUUUGACGAACAGAAACUGGUGACUGGGUCCUUUGACAACACCAUUGCAAGCUGGGAAUGGAGCACAGGUGCUAAAAUCCAGCAGUUCCGUGGCCACACAGGAGCAGUUUUCAGUGUGGACUACAAUGAUGAGCUGGACUUGCUGGUCAGUGGCUCUGCAGACUUUUCUGUUAAAGUCUGGGCUUUGUCUGCUGGUGCUUGUCUCAACACUCUGACUGGACACACCGAGUGGGUCACCAAGGUGAUACUACAGAAGAGCGAUGUAGAAUCAAUGAUGCACAGUCCUGGGGAUUACAUCCUCCUAAGUGCUGAUAAGUAUGAAAUUAAGGUCUGGCCUUUAGGCAGAGAGAUCAACUGUAAGUGUUUGAAGACGUUGUCAGUGUCUGAGGAUCGCAGCAUCAGCCUUCAGCCUCGCCUGCAGUUUGACGGACGUUACAUUGUGUGCAGCUCUGACCUUGGAGUUUAUCAGUGGGACUUUGCCAGUUUUGAGAUACUCAGGGUGAUAAAAACACAGGACCCAGCCAACCUGUCCCUGCUCAGUUUUGGAGAGGUGUUUGCGCUCCUUUUCGACAACCACUUCCUGUAUGUAAUGGACCUGAGGACAGAGGCUAUCUCAGGCCGAUGGCCUCUACCAGCCUACAGAAAAUCUAAACGAGGAUCAAGCUUCCUGGCUGGUGUGACCUCUUGGCUAAACGGUCUGGAUGGGGACAAUGACUCUGGACUGGUAUUUGCCACCAGCAUGCCCGAUCAUAGCAUUCACUUAGUACUGUGGAAGGAGAAUGGAUAGGAGUAAGCAACGUGUCCAAACCUCAGACUGCUAGAAUAUGAGCCACUCCCAUGUGUGCUCUGGAAUAUACAAACCUUAACUGCCAAGACCGUUAUGCAUGGACCAAAGCAUCUUGUUUUUAUCUGUUUCUUCCUCACCAUACAGUCCUCCUCUAUAGACAAACAUGAACAUUCACUGAUGGAAAUGAAUGGCAAACUAAGAUGACAAGACUUUCACUGAUGGUGCUGGGUCAGUGCUUGAUCCAUAUUCCUGCAGAAACCUGAACACCUCAUUGGUCUUCUGAUCUUGGAUAAAGAAAGACUUUUGUCACGUGUUGUGCCAGUGACACAACAAAAAAUGAUCCCAAAAUUAACACAACCCUAAUUUAAUGUGGAAACAAGCAUUUUUGGAUGGUUCUGUGAGAAUAUUGUAGCCAACAUUUAAUUCGUAGUGUAGUCAUUGGGUGGCAUCUCUGGAUGAUCUUUUCUUAACAGGAGAUUAUGUCACAUGUGCUGUACCUACCUGUCAUCGGUGUUGAAGAAAAGCAGGGUUGCCUUAUACACAGUUGCUGUAAAUAAAAGAAGACACCUCAUUUGACGUCAGAUGGUGACAGCAAGAGAAAUGCCCCAAGGUUUUUACAGACCAACCCAACGAAGGAAACUUAUUGCAGACUUGUCAGUUGAAGUGGUUCAGUUACACUGCUGUGUGCGAUGUGAAACAUGUAUGGUUUCUUUUACUUCCACUGAAUAUUUUUUUUUUCUAAGGGAUGUAUGGUUUCAAUGUCAGCUUGAGAAAUGUGACGUGCCUUUUCCGUUCAUUUGAUGUUACAAAUUGGAAUUCCUUGAUAACUCUGGCACAUUGCAGUAGAAUGACGCCUGCAUUGUACAUCUUACUUUUAUGUUGAAUUUUUCAUAUUUACUGUGCUCUAACAGCCUAAGAUGUCUGUAAUUUUAUAGCUAUCUACCCGACAUGACUUACUCAGUGAAUUGUUUUCUGAGUCACUGACUGUGUUAAACAUAAGGUUUAUUUUUGUAAAAGCCCCCCAUCCAUUGUGCAGCUGUGAAAGUUAGAGAAGUUGUAAGACAUGUGCAAAAUCACUAUUUUAAUUUACGAGAAAUCUAACAAAGAUUGAAUUGAUGGUUUCCUUUUUAUAGUAAGAGGAACUUUAAAUUAUGACUCAUUCUGUGGAUCAUGUCUUAAUUCGGCUUCCACUUGCACAAAACUGAAUCUAAAGCUGUUAAUGAGUGUCAAAAACAUCUGUGUUCAAAUCUACCAGACUUCAAUUUAACUAAUCAUAUUUCCUUGGACACAGACCAUUUCUUGAAACACCAUCUUCUUAGUCUAGGUUUUUAACUUGUAAUGAAAAUACCACUGGUAUUCUGGCAAACCAUUGUACCACAUUAAAAAUACAAUAAUGUGACUUGUAUAUAAAGUGAAAAACUGAAAAGAGACAGGUGACAUGAGACAAUAGGGUUUUUGUUAAUGUAACUUUUCAGAUUUGGUUACUUUGCAUUCACAGCACUGCACAUGGUUUUAUUUCACAAAAUCUGCACUGUCAUAGCUCUUUGGCCACCUGCAUCUAUCUACAAUCUGCUUAAAGACUGCAGUCUUUCAAAUAAAUAACAGUAGCAAAUGCA